CGCGUCCAAGCACCAGCAGCUUCCAUUCAGUCUCUUCUAUUCUGUGAUCUAGCUUUCUUGACGUUAGCUCUCUUUUUUCUACAAAGUCUCGAGUCUCGCCCGCUCCCACGCGCGCCAAAAGAGGACGCCAUCAUACUUUGAAGCUUCUGCCCUCCCUUGCCCAGUUCGCUCUACCAACUGGACUGCACCAGGAGGAGAUUGCCCUAUUUUUUUCUCUAUCUUUUUUUAACCUUCUGGUUCCCGGGCUAUCAUACAGCCACCGCCCCAAGCUGCCACCUACUACCUCCCAGUACUCAGCUACCUUUUUCCACCACAGGCUACUUAUUACUACUUGGACUCCCCCCUUUUUCCAUCUCAACUAUCUUUUCUACCCCUCCCGCUCCACCACCAACUUUCCCAUUGACAACCUAACUCACCUCUUUGCCUUUCUCACUUCUUGUCUGUCAUAACAAUCUACUUUCUUCAAAGAAGCCCUUUGGCACUCUACUCGAGAGAGACGAUUAUUCUACUCUAUCAGCGUUACUCAGACUGCUCCCAUCAUACACUCGACAACCAAGCGCUGCUCAAUUGCAAUUCGCCGAUCAAUUUGCGACAGAGCUGAAAUUCCGACCUUUGUCGCGUUCCCUUGACGUUGGGUGACUCAGCCAGUUCGACCUCGAUCUUCGAACUCCCUUCUUGGAACCUGUUACUCAAAGAGCCUGCGGUCUCCCGGAAUUUUCAUCGUUUUACAUUCGAAAUUGCGCCUGAUCGAGAUCUCCUCUGGAAAAGACCCAUUGAACUUUCGGCAAUUUCGGGUUUUAUCACAUCGACGCAAGGAAACCCACCAAGCGCAGGACGUUGUUGGUGUUGACACGCUAUCGAAGGAGGUGUUUGUAGCUUAAGCUACCCCAACCUGAUCGACCUGUGGUUCUCGACGGACUGCUUCAUUCUCUUCAAUCAACUGGACCAGUGGUUCUGCGCUGUGCUGCAGCUCUGUGCCUGUCAAAGACGAACGCCCUGUUUUGCUUGAUCCAGCGACCCCAAGGCGGCCCCAAAGGAGCCACCUGCAUAUCCCGCCCUCUGCCAGCUCACCACGCUGCUGCGAACUUGGCACAUCAUCACGCCUCGGAUCGGCCUUGUCAGGACCUACCCCGUCACCCGCGUGCUGCUCAGCAUCACUACCCUCGUGUGGUCCACUCAGCAACACCACAGGCUUCUUGCGUCCCUGCAUCUGCAUUCAUUACGUGCGGUCGACACUGCCCUGGCUCUUCUGGCAUCCUAUCUGACACUGGCUGCACCCCAGAGUGACAGCUGCUCCACGAGGGAUCGGCUUCCGCAGCCUCUUCCCCGCAAUUUGCGUCUCUUAUCGUUACCCCCAGGCCAGACGUCCCACCAUGGCUCCCCAUUCUGACUGAGCUUUUAUAUACGUCGAUGCAACCUUCGAGUGCGACCUUUCUCGCCCUUAUAGUGUAAUCACAACUCUCAGCACGACCAUGUCUUCCAGCUUUGAUUCAGACUCAAACUCCGCAUUAACAACUCACAACCUAUCCGAAAUGUCCUCAUUAACACACACUCAACUAGGUCAGGUCCAGACAGCCUUUCCUUCACAAACACAACCAGUCCCCAUUCCCAUGUCAGCUAUCAGUGCUUCAUCAGGAGCCUCAAACUCACAAGAAGGCUCACCACUCAUGUCUCCCGACGCCGCUGUUCUAACAACAUACUCCUCCGUCCAGCCCUCGCCUGAGCCCAUGCGAGGUAGGGAGGAGGAGGUUUUCCCUUCAAGCUUUCAGUUGCCCGAAUCUGUGCUGUCCCGGAAGACGAGUACAAACUCUCUUGGAUACAAUGCCAUGUCUGAAGUCGCCAACAACAGCAAAGGAGGUCUCAUCCGCCGAUUCUCAAACCGAGCCCACCGAUUUACUGGCAGAAGACGACCAUCCUCUGGUGCCCCUACCAGCCGUGACGGAAGUGUUGGCCCCAGCAUUCUCAGACGCCGAAGUGACAGUAACGCCACAGCCCCCCAGGAGAACAGCGCCCUGACGGAUACUGAUGAGGAGCCUGAGGUCAUCCCUGAUGACUGCAUAUCUGUGGUUGGACUUGAUGGUGCUACCAACACCUCAUCCGCCAACAGCACUCAUGGAUCCAUCAGCGCAAGCGCUGGAGCUAUGGCUGGCCCAGUGCUUCCGGCCGAGCUUCGCAAUGGAUGCCCAGUGAGAAAGGUUUCGAAGAAGAGCCGACCCAAGAGAAUCAACCUUGUAUACGAGACCGAAUCCAACAAGCUUUCCUGGGAUGCCACCCGACCUCAAAAGUCUCUCCAUGUCGAUGAGAUUAGAGAGAUCCGAACUGGUUCAGAUAUCCAACAGUACAUCAUCGACUACGGCCUGGGCGAGGAGGCAGCCAAGUACAGCGACAAGUGGUUUACUAUCAUUUACACAGUUCCCGAGAACUCGAAAACAAGAUUUCUGCACAUUGUUACAGACAACACUAAGAGCUUGUCACUUUGGACAGAAUUCUUGGACGCCAUGUUGAGAUACCGUCAAGAACUCAUGACAUCGUUGAUGGCAUUCAACGACCGUGCUGUUGCCCAGUACUGGCAAACAGAAAUGGCCAAGGAGUUUGGUGACCAGAUUCGCAGCCCCGAGCAAGAGGAGAUGAACAUUGCCGGAGUGAAGCGUGUGUGCCAAAACCUUCACAUUUACAGUUCGCAAGCGACCCUGGAAGUCAACUUUCACUUGUCUGAUUCGCGACGACGACAAAAACUAAACUUUAGGGAGUUCAAGGACUUUGUUCGACGCAUGAAGCAAAGGACCGACGUUCAACGAAUUAUCCGUGGCUUUGCCGCCAACCCCGAGUUCGGUCUUACCUCGACAGAAUUCCUCACCUUUCUCCGCGACGUCCAAGGCGAGGAUGUUGACUCCAACCGCGUUGCCUGGGAGAAGCUGUUCUCUCGGUUCUGCCGUAAGUACCGCAAUGAUGAGGUCGACCUUCAAGAAAACGCCGAGAUUAUGUCCGAAGCCGCCUUUGUUGGUUUCUUGACGUCAGAGCAUAACGAUGUGAUCCAACCCGAGCCUCAAAACAUUGUCCUGGACCGCCCGAUGAACGAGUAUUUCAUUUCAAGCUCCCACAACACCUACCUCCUCGGUCGCCAAGUUGCUGGUCAGUCUAGCGUUGAGGGCUACAUCUCAGCUCUUGUCCGGGGAUGCCGAUGUGUUGAGGUCGACUGCUGGGACGGCUACAACGGUCAGCCCGAAGUUAAUCAUGGCCGCACCAUGACGACUUCAAUCAGCUUCAAGGAGGUUAUGACCACCAUCAACAAGUACGCUUUCGUCAAGUCCAAGUACCCCCUUUGGAUUUCACUCGAGGUCCAUUGCAGUCCGGCCCAACAGGCGACAAUGACGGAGAUCAUCAAGGAAUGCUUCGGUGCACGACUGGUCACGGAGACUUUGGAGGCGUUCCCCGAUAAGCUUCCUACCCCUUCCGAACUGAUGGAACGUGUCCUCAUCAAGGUCAAGAAGCCUCAGAUUAAGGAAGAGCCUGUUUCCGUUGGCAAUGACUUCCGUGGUCGACGAAGGGGCAACAGCCUCAACUCACCUAUGAUGCGACCCUCGGCUCCCGAUGGCACUCCUUUGAUGCCCUCCCAGUCCCUUCCCCAGAGCCCUAUGUUGACGCCCAGCCACUCCUCGCGAAGAUUGGUCAGCAAGACCCGUGUCAACACUAUCACCGAGGGCCGUGUUCAGGAUAUGAUGAGCAGCAGCACUAGCGACAACGAGAGCGCAGGUGAACAACCAGCCAAGAAGGCCCCCAACAAGACUGUCAAGGUCCUUGGUGAACUGGGUGUCUACUGCGCUGGUGUCAAGUUCUCUGGCUUUGACACAGUGGACGCGAAGCAGUACAACCACAUCUUCUCCUUCAUGGAGUCUAGCUUUGCCAAGCAUUCCCGCGCUAAGGACCAAAAGAUGGCACUUGAUAUCCACAACAUGCGUUACAUGAUGCGCGUCUAUCCCGACCGAACCCGCAUCACGUCCAACAACUUCGACCCCCUUAUCUACUGGCGACGCGGUGUCCAGAUGGCCGCUCUCAACUGGCAGACAUUCGACCUCGGAAUGCAGCUCAACCGUGCUAUGUUCGAUGGCAAGGAUGCUUCUGGCUACGUCUUGAAGCCCGCUGAGCUCCGAGACAUUCAAGUUCUCCCCUACAACUCCGACAUUGCCGAGGGCAAGAAGGAGCGCAGUGUAGUCUCGUUCAGCAUUGAUGUCAUCUCUGCCCAACAGCUUAUGCGACCUGCCAACCUUCCCGCCAAUAAGUCUAUGGACCCCUACGUGGAGAUCGAGAUUUUCCACGCCAACGACAAGCGUGACAAGAAGGAGGCUGAUUCCAAUUUGGUCAUGGAGCACGACUCGCCUCUCAAAGUCCAGACUGAGGUGAUUCGCGAGAACGGCUUCAACCCCAUGUUCGACAAGCAGUUCAAGUUCAAGGUUACGACCAAGCACCCUGACCUGAUCUUCGUUCGCUGGUCGGUCAAGCUCUCUAGCGAUGGCGAGAGCUACAAUGAGCGCCCUGCCGUCGCUACUUACACCGCCAAACUCACCAACCUCAAGCAGGGUUACCGCACCCUGCCUCUACUCAACCACGCUGGGGACCAGUACCUUUUCUCUAAGCUCUUCUGCAAGAUUAAUGUCGACUCGGUCCAGAAGAUGUUGAUCGAUGCUCCUCGCCGCACCCAAGACGGAAACAAGCUCAACCGUCUUGGUGGCAAGGUCUUCAGCCGAAUCAACACCAGCCCUAAGAGUACCAUUGAAAAGUCUAGCUCCGAGAAGACGAGCUUUGACAGCUAUUGAUUACCAACUGAGUCACAACUAUCUCAUCUGUACGAACACUAUUUUCAACCUUCUUGGAUAUAAUUCUUUUUAUACCAUUCACUUCUCGAUCGAUCGAUACUGAGCCUGACGAAGCUGGAUCUGGACGCUGCUUAAGUCUAAUAUCGACAUGGAUCUUGGGCAAAGGGUACCCGAAGCCAUCCCAUGAUGUUAGUCACACACAUCUUUCUUCCAUGAUCCCAGGAGGAUCCUGGCGCGACACGCGAUGGGACUGAAGGGAUCUGUGACUUGAUGGAUGGAGCCUGCGCCAUUACUGUUUACUUUGUUUCUUUUUCUUUUCUUCUUCUUUUCAUUUAUUUCAAGGCAGGGUUGAAGCGUUUGAAUAACCCUUUUAACAGUACCCUCUGGUACACGACGAUUUCCUUAAAAAUACGGCGCAUGAAAAAAACAGUUAAAGAUGGACAAAUACCCCCUUUAGCGUGGACGGUGUUGGUCAUUAUUGGGAUUCUAUGUUUAUAUUAUUUUUAUUAUCGAGGCAUUGAAGCUGCCUCGAUGGAUCAAAGGAACAGGACGGGAUUGAAAAGCAGUCUGCAUACACCACGCUUGGCCGUGAUUUGGGAGCGUCAGGGAAACUUGCAUUGCACAGAGGAUUACCGGAAUUCACGUAUUAUAGAUCGGCACAAGGCAGGGGAGCCAAACACUUGGGAAAUAUCUCUUUUCUGCUGAAAGCACUCUCACUUUACUUGGCCCACAAUCUCUCUCUCAUCUCUUGACUCUGUUGUUGAUUCUGCUACAAUCUGAUGUCAUCAAUGUCACCUGGCACGGAAGACGAGAUGAUAGGAAGAAAGGCUAUUGCACGGGCAUAAGGGAGGUUGGAAUGGCAGGUGGAGAAGAUGGAGAUAUCCCUCACUUUUUUUGAGGCCUCUGAGAUGGGACAAUGGAUCGACAUAGGGAAAUCAUGAUAUACACAUACCGGUGGCUCACGCUACAACAAACAAAACAAACAAACUACUAGGCCACCCCCUCAAUCUGGGGAUAGGCGAAAGUUCCCUUUAGCCUUUAGUGGAAGAGGUCUUCUUGGCCUUGCCUCAAGGGCGAAGAGGGGAUUAAUGAGAAAUGAACUAUUUUACAAACACAUGAAUCUCGGAUCAAGUUUGUGACUCGUAUUCUCGUAUUUUUACCCCUGUUCCUUAGCAAAAUAGCUAUAAACUAAUCUCCACAAGUCCAACCUCCUAAUCCCAGCG